UUGUACACAUACAUCGCCCCAUGACUGUGUAUGUAUUUUUCUUCAAUUUUUUUUUUUUUUUUUCCAAACUCUUCAAACAUGUAAUAUUUAACGAAUCUAUGCCGUCUCUGCCCUGUUCCUUUUUCAAAGCCAAUCUGAUAACUCUUUCAAUUGUUGGAAACCCACUUCCAUAUCGGCACCAGUAGUAAGCUAACAGCUGGGUUCUUCUUCUUCUUCUUCUUCUUCUUCUGCAGUGCAACAGGGGGAGAUGAAGAUUGAGAUCAUUAGCAGAGAAUUUGUAAAACCAUCAUCUCCAACUCCAAAUCACCUCAGAAACUACAAACUUUCUCUUUUGGAUCAGCUUGUUCGUCCAUGUGUUUAUAUAUCCAAGCUCUAUUUAUACCCUGAAAACCAUAUUCCAAUUCACCAAAGAUUGCACAAGCUCAAGAACUCACUAUCGGAAACCUUAACUCGCUUCUACCCGCUUGCUGGAAGAAUCAAGGAUAACAUUUCCAUUGAGUGUCAUGAUGAUGGAGCUCUCUAUACCGAAGCUCGAGUCCAUGGCUUCCUCUUGGACUUCUUAAAACUAGAACCGCAUUAUAAGCAACGAGAACGAUUGCUUCCAGAUAAAACUGAAUUUUUUGAUACUGCCUCGCCGCCUUUGCUGCUUGUUCAAGCCAAUUUCUUUGAGUGUGGUGGAUUGGCAUUAGGUUUUUAUAUGUGUCACAAGUUUGGUGAUGGAGGAACACUGAAUCUAUUCAUUAAGUAUUGGGCUUCCAUUGCUUAUGGACAUGAAAAGGAACUACUACCGGCUUUAGAUUUUGAUGCAGGGUCUUCUCGCUUCCCACCAAGUGAAGAUUUCAAAGUACAAGAACCUCCUGUAAAGAAUUUGAGGUAUGCAAAUCAUGUCACAAAGAGGUAUGUGUUUGAUGCAAGGAAGAUUGCUGCUCUCAAGACCAAAGUUGCUAGUCCACUUGUUCAGCAACCAACGCGAACCGAAGCAAUUCUGGCUCUCAUAUGGAGAUGUGCAAUUUCUGCUUCAAGAUUGAACAAAGGGGUUUCAAUGCACUAUGUGAUGCACCAACUCGUGAACAUCCGCAAUAGAGUUGAGCCUCCUUUCCCCAAAAACUCUGUUGGAAAUUUUGUGCAAUACUUUUCUGUACAAGCAGAGGAUGUUAAAACGGAGCUGCAAGAUUUGGUGGCUUUGUUGAGGAAAGGAAUCAAUGAGUUUGGUGAAAAUGAAGUGAAAAGACUUAGCGGGGAAGAUGCGUUCGGAGAGAUCGUUCGGUCUUCAAAAAAGAGAAGAGAGAUAUCCGGUAGAGACGAUGUAAGGCUCUUUACAUGUACAAGUGUGUGCAGCAUUAACUUCUAUGAAGCAGACUUUGGAUGGGGGAAGCCAAUGUGGAUGAGUAUGGAAAGUGGUAGCAACCUUAACAACUUUGCUAUUUUGACAAACACAAGAGAGGGCAAUGGAGUUGAAGCUUGGGUGUCUUUGAGUGAAAAAGAAAUGGAAUAUUUUGAAUCUGAUCCUGAGCUUCUUGAAUUUGCUUCCUUAAAUCCAAGUGUUAGUCACUCUAGGCUCUAAAUACUGCUGGAUUCAAGUAUCAAAGGGCUAUUAGUUCCAGAGAGAGGGAAUUCUGAACAACCAAACUCCUUUAUCUUAUUACGAAGAGGUACCUGAAAAUACUGGAAGAGAGAAAUUCAAGAAUAUGUUGUAGAAAAAUUAUUCAAUCCAGAGAAUAUAAGCUUGAAACUUGUUAAAACUUUUUCCUUAGAUAGAAUAUAGUCUACCAAGAUGGCAAACAAAAUUAAUUUUUUAUCAUCUGUCCAUUCAGAACUGCAGUAAUUUUUAUUCAGACCACGUUCAAUGGUUCUAAGUUCCAACCCUUUAGAUAUAGGGAAUUUAACAAGCUUGUAUUGGUUAAUAUACUUUAACUUCAUGA